AUGACUGACCACAGCCCGCCCAAGUCCUUGACCAUCACUCUACGAGAACUCGAUUCCCGCGAACCCAUUCCUAAGCGGGUCAUCACCCUUGAAGGCCCAGACUGGGAGCUCAGGAUUGGCCGGGGAACUGAAAGUCGAAUUGAGGAAUUGACUCCUGCUGAAAACAAUGCCUGGUUUGCCUCUAGAGUCCUGUCCAGACGUCAUGCCAUUCUACAUGCGAAUCCGACGACCAAGGAAAUUUUUAUUCACGACGUUGGCUCCUUGCACGGCACCUUCCUAUCCGGGAGCAGAUUGCAUACGAAUGAACCGGGGCCGCUCUGGCCGGACGACAUCGUGACAUUGGGCGCCAAUGUGAUUAGAGGGAGCUCCCACUUUAGUGCUCUGAGGUUGAGAGUCACUUGGAAUUGGGGUAUUGGAACUUUGAGCCAACCAAACGUCAACCACACCAACGCAGGAGUGUCCCGGAACACCUUCUCAGCAGAUUACAGUGAUGAGGAAGCAUACGGCAGUGCCUCCGCGCAGGCUUCCAGCCGUCCGCAGGAGGACAAAUACGAGCCCCGCGAGGGAAGUAAUGAAUACCAUUCGGAGCUUGACGACAAAGCUCAGAACCUCCGAGUCCCCGUCUGUGACACCAGCGUCGCAAUGGACAUUCUUGAGGUGCGGACCUUCACGGUUCCUGACUCCGACGACGCAUCGAACACUCCAGGUCACGCCUCAAGCGCCGAUGUCUCUGACGAAGACAGCCCAACUUCCAGUCCGUUGAUGCCAAGAGAUCUCCAGGAAGUCAAGAGCGUGGCCCCCGAAACCCUCCGCCGCGAGUUCAUCAAUGAUGUUCUCCGCGUCACCGAUCCUGAUCGCACAGACCCUACUCAGGUUAUUGUCCCAAGUUCAGCUCAGCAAGCCGAGCCGCUUCCAGCUGUGGAUGAGAGCAUCUCUGAAGAUUCAUACGGAGAUGGUGAACUUGAACGUGAAACCAGCUGGCUCUUUACCCCUCCUACCUCGCUUGGGCGAGACCUUGCUGGUCCCACGAGCUCUUCGAGCGGAACGGAUCUGUUUGGACCUGCUCGAAGCCCAAGCCCAUCCGACACGGCAAUGGUCAAUCCAUUGAUCGGACCUGACUUUCGCAUCAAGUGGACCGCUCCUCCCUUUCUGACGCCCGAGUCUCCUCACCAACAGACUGUGACCUUGGACAAAGUCGGUCCACUAGACCGCUCGAUUUCUGCAUGGGCUGGUCACAACUCAGUGUUGUAUGAACCAGUCGUACCGCCUCUUGUACCUGAAAAGUCUGCAUUAGUCCCCUACCCUCCUUCUGCAUCGUCUCUAGCAUUCUAUAGUGAUGCAUUCACGUUCAACCCUUCGCCAUUGCUACCUCCCCCGAGACCACGCUCACCACUCUCGAUUGCUAGUGCCUCCCCGCAACAGCUGGCUGUUAAUGACUCUGACGGAGCAAAGAAGCGCAAAGCUGAUCAGAUAUCCUCGGACCAGAGUCUGGACCCCAUCGCAGCACCUUCUGGCCCGCAUUCACCCGAGAAUGGGGACAUUCUUGCCACGACUGCCACGAGAAAGGUCGAAAGUGUCGGUGAUGUUACUGCAGACAGGCUGUUGAACCCAUCAACUUCGGCUUCGGAGGUUGCUGAGAGCACCUCGGCCGAGGAGACCGAGAUGCCAGUACGAAAGAAGGCCAAGAAGAACAAUGACAAAGCUCCUAGCCAGCGCAGCAGUGGCAGCAAUAGUCUCGUCACAACGGCUGGUGUAGCCGUCGCCGGUGUGGCUAUCGGUGCUGUCGGCAUGUUCCUUGGCCUUCUGGCCUUGCCGGAAGAGUACCUCAUCUGA